AUGGCCUCCAACACUGCUGUCUCCAGCGCCACCAAUUCCUCCUCCUCUGGGCUGCACUUUGCCCUGGAACCUGAGGACCACAGCAUCUUGCUUGGACGUCACUUGAACAUCCCCUUAGAGAGCUUGGCCAAAAGUAUCCUGGCCACGCUCCAAGCAGUCUUGCCCGCCAGGCUGCUGGACUCUUCUUGCUCCCUGGAGAAGACACUGCAGUGCAGCUGCUCCUUCCACGGGAUCCCCACACCCUCUGUGCAGUGGUGGAUGGGAGGUACCCCUGUGGGUGUGAGUGGCGUGGACGGUGGCCUCCAGGUGACUUCUACCACGCUGGGCCCCUGGGCCAACAGCACCAUCAGCCUUAGAGGGGGUCCAGAAACAGUCAGGAGGCUGCGCUGUGAGGGCAGGAACCCGUAUGGAAUCCACACGUCCAGCUUCUUCCUGAUACCAGAUAGGAAUUUGGUUUCCAGCGUGUUCCUGAAGGGGCUGGUCCAGGGUGUGGUGUACGGGGCCAUCCUGUCUGCACUCCUCUUGCUCUGCCUUGUCCUCCUGGCGAUGAGGAUUCUUAAAUGGAGGGCCAAGGAAGCACUGGCCCUGGGGAGACCAGAGUUGCUGGGCCAGCCAGAAGCAUCCAAGGAGUCCGAGGCUACAAACCCCCAGGCCUGGGCUGGAGCCCAGGGCUCUAGCAGAAGAAAGAAGAGCGAAGCCCUGUGAACUCAGAGGAUCGCAACUCACAUCGUGCCCCCAGCCCUGUCAGACCUGCACAGACCGCGGAGCAGGAGCGGAGCAGACUCCAGCCCAAGCGCCAGCCCUGGAGACCAGCUGCUUGGCUCUCACAAACUUCCCCUCCUUGGGCCCCCUGCCUGCCAGCCUGGGCAGGGACACAGAGGAGUCAGAGCCAGGUCCUGCCCACAAGGAACUGUAGAUCGUCCCAGCCCCGAGUGGCCAGGGAGCUGCCUGGGGUGGGGCUGGCCCUGGAGGGAGGGCAGACUUGCAGGGGGCACGGCAUUCCCCACACCCAGGGACUCAGAGCGCCCCAGCAAGGCAAGACAGACCAGAGAAAUGAGCCACUCGCCCCUUCUGUGUGUGUGGCCAGAUCACCUGCAAGCUACUCUCAGCAAAACUCCUGGACACAGAACAGUCAACAACAGCCCUUGGGUGGUACGUUAACCCUAGACCUGUGCACCCUGCGUAUCUGCUGAUUUGUGUCCCUUGACCCACCUCUCCCCGUUCCUCUCUGGUUUGGUGUUUGACAUUGUUGUUUUAGAUUCCACAGAUCAGUGGAAUCAUGCAGUAUUUGCCUUUUGGUGUCUGGCUUCCCUUAGAGUCCCUGAGGCUCAUCCAGGACAAAUGGCAAGGUCCCUCUCUUUUAAGGGCUGUGUGGUGUUCCAGUGUGCAUGUGCCGGUGUGAGUGUGUGUG